CCCCGGUGACAGUUGGUGAGGCGCGCUCCCCUUUGCGUGAUGACGCAAGCCGGGCGGCGGUGAGGACCAAAGAGGACGGUCGGGGUGAGGAACUGGUGGAAGGAGGAGCAGGCUGGGGGCAACGGGGCUGAUGGCGCACCCGGCCGCGCCAUGAUCGCCUCUUGACCGGUGUCCCUGUUUAUGCCCCACUCACUCACUCCGUCCCGUCGGCCACAAAGCUGCGACGAUCGUCGUUGCCGGCGAGCCAUGGAUGAGCGCCCGGCGCUGUUGCUCUCGCACUUGUUGGUCAACAACCGGCCAUUCCAAGUCACCUUAACCAAGACCGGGCUCUGCUGGCGCUCGCUGCAGCCGAGGAAACUCCCGGCGACGGGUGGAGAGAAACAUUGUGUGUCUGUCGCUGAAAUUAUUGCUGUUCGUGAACCUGACGUGGAUGAGAUAAAUAAAGAAUGCAGAAGAUGGCAGAAAAUGCCUUCUGUUUCCUCCGAAUCAAUUUUGCAUACAUUCACAGUAUAUCAUGUGCAGAGAUCAAAAGAGCACCACUGGUGGUGCAGGGAAGUAACCUUUUGCUGCAGUGAUCAACAACUCUGUAACCAAUGGGUACAAGCUCUUGAGGAACAGUUGGAUUUGCAAGCUAUGCGACCAAAGAACUUGAUUGUAUUCAUAAAUCCUUUUGGAGGGAAACGACUUGGAAAACAAAUAUAUGAUGAAAAGGUGGCCCCUCUCUUUCAAUUAGCUUGCAUUACCACUGAAGUGAUUGUGACUGAGCGUGCUAAUCAUGCCUGGGAUUAUUUGUUGGAAGCUGAUCUGGAGAAAUAUGAUGGGAUUGUUUCUGUUGGUGGAGAUGGGAUGUUCAGUGAGGUAAUGCACGGUGUGAUAGGUCGGAUACAAAAUAAUGCAUGCAUUAAUCAAAAUCAUCCCGAUGCUGAACUCGGUCCAUGUGAUUUGAGGAUUGGAAUUAUCCCAGCAGGUUCAACAGACUGCAUAUGCUAUGCAACAGUUGGAGCAAAUGAUCCAGUGACUUCUGCCUUACACAUCAUUGUGGGUGAUUCACAACCCAUUGAUGUCAGUUCAGUUCACCAUAAAAAUAGGUUUUUGAAAUAUUCAGUAUCUUUAUUAGGAUAUGGAUUUUAUGGCGACACACUAUUGGAUAGUGAAAAGAACCGUUGGAUGGGUCCAUCAAGAUACGAUUUCUCAGGUUUUAAGGCGUUUCUGACUCACCAGUGCUAUGAAGGAACAAUUUCCUAUUUACCAGCAACUGAUACAUUAAGUAGUCCAAGAGAUCAGAGACCAUGUACAGCUGGAUGUGCUAUCUGCCAGAACAGUGGAGAGCAAUCACAAAAAGCAAGGGAAUACAAGAUUCUUAAAAGUGAGGAGCAAAAACAGUGGAAAGUGAUUAAAGGAAAAUUCCUGGCUAUAAACCUAGCAAAUAUGAGUUGUGCAUGUCCAAAAUCUCCAAAGGGCCUCUCACCCGCUGCACACCUAGCUGAUGGGACGAUGGACCUUAUUUUAGUCCGCAAAUGUUCAAGAUUCAGUUUCUUGAGGCAUCUCAUCAGGCACACAAAUGGCAAUGAUCAGUUUGACCUUGCAUUUGUGGAGGUUUACCGAGUGAAGAGAUUCAAAUUUGUACCAAAAUAUUCUGAUGAGGAGGAUGGUGAUAUCCAGGAAGUUAGCAAAAAUCUUUUUGGACAAUUCUGUAGAGACCAUCCCACCUGUAGCUCUGUGCAGCUCGCCAGCAGUUGGAAUUGCGAUGGAGAGAUAAUUGAGCAUGCGGCCAUUGAAGUGAGAGUUCAUUGCCAGUUGUUAAGACUUUUUGCAAGAGGAAUAGAAAUGCUUUCUUCAGAAAACGACAUUGACAAUUCAGUUGAUUAAGCAGAUUCCAAGAUCUCAGGAUUCCAGAAACCAUUCCUUUUGAAGAUUGAAAUCAUAUGUCUAAGUUGUGAAAUGUACUUUUAUAACUUGUGAUUCUCAGUUUAUUUCCAAAAUGAUUACAGUUAUGAGUAUUUAUUUAUUACACACAGUGUAAGUAUAAAAAGCAACAAACAAAAUUAAUGUUAUUGUUUCUGGAUCUGCUUUGUAGAUUAAAUUUCAAAUUUAAUGUUUCUAUUUAUUCAUGGUAUUUGAGAUUUAAAGUAUUAAGCUCAUUGGUGUGUUGCAAGAAGCUGUCCUUUAGAAAUUGGCAGAAUGUUUUUUUACAAAGUCCACUUAAACUGUGGAACAGAGUUUCGGAGAGACUCGUUUUUAAGUAUCGGCCUCAUUUUAAAUUGAAGUAUGUGCAAGCUACUUCAGAUGGGUGAUAGAUUCCACUUAUUUUUAAGCAUAGAUAUCAAAUUGCCUUUGUAAUUACAUUCUUAAUUUUAAGAUAAAAAUCUAGGUUUUGUUCCAGUUUCUUUUCCUGCACCUUGCAACUUAUCAAUGCAAUCUGAUUUGUAAUUUCUACGCAAUGAUAAAAGAAGCUAUAUUUUGAGAACAGUUCUUUAUUUUAAUAAAUGUUAAUAGAGGAAACUAUAUAAAUAACAUUGUUGAAUAUUUGAGUUUGUACAUAACAAAUUUAAAAAUAUAUUUAUUGUACAUGAUUAAGCUAGAUUUUGCUUAGCUUAGUAUGUGUUCACUAUGUGAAUAGUUUGUAGUCAGUCAUGUUAAUGCACUAAUGAACAGAAAGCAGCACUCACCCCGUCUUUUGUAUUUUACAUUCCUCCUGUAAAACUUUUCAAAACUGAUGAACACGGCACAGAAAAACCUACUGAUGCUGUUGAUCUUUGUUUCUUGAAAUGCUCUUAGAUUAUUCAUUUCAAAAUAUUUGACGAGCUAUUAAUAUGUGUUGUGAUUAUUUAGUUAUGUGUAUACUUUUUUUUAAAUGUGCAUAACUAAUGUAAAUAGACAGAAUGAAUAUGAUUUGCCAUGUCCUUGAAGGAUGUGAAUUCAUUUUUAUUCCUUUCCCAUCAAUAAAUUUUCUGGUUUGUUGAUAUUUAAUAUAUUUCCUAUUCAGGGAAGCUUUCUGUCAGCAGGCAAUUUCUUGUUGACCUGCUUAAGAUCCAGACCAAAUAACUUUGUGAAUGUAAUCUCUUGUGAAAAUGAUCAAAAUUAAUUUGUUAGUUAGGAAUUUGUGAGUGGACAAAAUGCAUUAAACAAAGUAGUUGAAUUAACCAAA